UUUAUUACUUCUCAAUUAAUAAUGAAGGAAAUAAAGCUAUACAAUUUUGGACUACUAAUUAUAUUCUACCUAAUAUUGUUUAUCACUGCUUCUGCGGCUCGUCCAGCAGGUGAUUCAGAAACAGCUAUAGAGAAUAUGAGACAAAUACCCCAGUGGCACUGUCUACGCUAUCGAAAGUUUGACCUAGUGCGUCGUUGUCGAAAUUAUCGUAUUGGUCGCAAGCACUAAUAGUUUAAAGUACUCU